AGUGACUCCUAUGGAGAGACAGAACAGUGGACGUCUCUGUAGAAUGACCCAGUUUCAUGACGAAAACAAACCCAUCAUAAUUUACAUGGAAAAACUCUGAUAACGCUCGACUGCCCGUGAUUACAGAACAGAAGAAGGAAGCGGCUGCUGCGAGUUCUGAAAUGGCGGCUCUGUUAGUCCUGACCUUAAUGACCGUCAGCUCUGUCCACUCACAGCCGGCGGGUUUUCAUCGAUUCAGCCUGCUACAGGCGUGUGACGAGACCAGCGCUGAUUUCUCUGUUGUGUACGACGGAGAAAAGCUUGUUUAUUAUGAUUACAAAAACCAGCGGACCGUCCUGACGUUGCCAGACUUCGCUGAUCCAGUCGAGGGCCCUGAUCUGUCCAAACCAGCUCUCAGAGGAGAAAACGUCUGCAGGCAGGCGUUAGCCGUGUUAAACGAGGCCUAUAUGAACCCACCUGAAGAGCUGGAACCUCCCUGGACCUCCAUCUACCCGAAAAACGACGUGAAGCUGAAGACAAAGAACACACUCGUCUGUCACGUGACUGACUUUUUCCCGCCGCCGGUCAGAGUGUCCUGGACCAAGAACGACCUGAACGUGACGGAGGGCGCGACCCUGAGCCCGUACUACCAGAACAGUGACGGGACGUUAAGCGUGUUCUCCACGCUGAGCUUCACUCCAGAGGAAGGAGAUGUUUACAGCUGUACGGUGGAGCAUCGCGCGCUGGAGCAGCCGCAGACCAGAAUAUGGGAUGUUCAGGUGGAGCAGUCGAGUGUGUUUCCCUCUGUGGUGUGUGUGGUGGGGGUGUGUCUCGGUGUGAUCGGAGCAGCUGCUGGAAUUUUCCUCAUCUUCAGAGCGAACGCCCUCUGCAGCUGAGUCACUCUGGACGCUCUGAUGAGCCUGAUGGACCGCGUUCUAUCUGUACUGGACGCAGCGGAGGUCAUUAUAGGAGGGAGAACCUUACAGCAGCGGCACCGAGAGAGACUCACACUUUACAGCCUCAAUGAGGUUCUUACCCAGUUUCUCCCCCAAAACACGGCACUCCUUCGGUGGAGCAGCUUCACUUUCAGAGAGGAGAGAACUUGAAGAGCCUGCACUCCUAAAGAAGAUGGUUCUCCAAGGGUUCUUUAGUAAAGACAAUGGUUCUAUACAGAAAACACUCAAAGAACCAUUUCAUGCUUGAAUGGUUCUGUGCUUGGUUAAAUGGUUCUUCAGAUUGAUGGAGAUAAAAUGUAAGAAACCAGUUCACAGUGCAAAGCAUUUAAAUGGUUCUUUGGGUGUUUAAGCAUGCAAAUGGUUCUAUAUACAAUUCAUGGUCCUAUGUAGAACCAUUCUCUUUACUCAAGAACCCUUGAAGAACCGUCUUUUUGAGAGUGCAUAUUAAAAGUAUGCAGUAUAAAUGAUUUCUCAGUAAGAGAAACAUCUUAAAUCUAGUCAAUUUAUUUCAUAUGUCUAAUUAUGACACUGUUGUAAGAAUAUCAUAAGAUUAUUCCACAGUUUCGAUGUGUUUUUACUCAUUUUUACUUAAUUAUAUCUUGUUAAAUUGUCUUAUUUCUUUGGCAGAUCAUUCCCUACAACAAGUAAAAUUAUUUAUGUCAAUUCUGAAAACAAGUAAAUGAUCUGCAAGGAAUAAGACACUUUCACCUGAUAAACUUACUCAAAACAAGUACAAAUGUCUAGAAAAAAGUUCAACUAUCUUAUAAUAUACUUACAAUGAUCUUGUAAAGAGAAAUAUUAGAUAUAUUGACUAUUUAAGAUGCUACAAAGUCAUUUUCUGCCAUGUAGCUGCUGCUUCAGUGCUGACUGAUCUGUAAAUAAACUCAAAUCUGGUGGUGUUUCCCUCGAUAGCUAACGUUAGAUAGAUUAUCUGCGGGUUCUGUGGGACGACUGUGCUGAUCUGUGUGUUUUUAUGCUUUUGUACAGUAAAUGUUAAAGUUAGUGGUAUUAAUGCACAAAACACUGAAGUAAUUAAGAUUUAUUAUUUAUUGUCGUUCGCAUAGAGAAACACUCAGAAACCCUGUACAGUGAGACUCUGCUCUGCUCUGCCUCCCACACUACAGUUACUGUACAACACUCCAUAAAUACCAAGUAAAAACAGCAGAGGAGUGAGAUAAAUAUAUAUAUAUAUCAAUAAUAAAAAAUAUAUAUAUGUUUAGAUUUUUUAAUUUGUUCAUACAUAAAAUUUAUAUAAUUUAACA